AUGGUACAGUUAUUCCUCGUCGUUACGUCCUUCAUCUUGAUCCACUACCACUCGUCGUACGCAACACACGACCUCAGCUACAAUGUUCUGAGUUUCGGAGCGAAAUCCAACGGCAAAUCCGACUGCACAAAGGCUUUUCAAAAGGCAUGGGCCGCCGCCUGUGCCGCCACUCAACCGGCCACGAUUUACGUGCCUUCGGGCAGAUAUUCACUGAAAAACGUCGUUUUUACCGGAAAUUUGUGCAAGAAUCCGGCAAUUACAAUCCGCAUUGACGGCACUCUCGUAGCUCCCAACGCUAUUGGGAAUGCUGAUACUUGGUUGAAGUUUUAUAAAGUUACCGGAGUUUCUAUAUACGGCGGAACCCUAGACGGCCGGGGCUCGAAAUUGUGGGCAUGCAAGAAGUCCGGCAAGAGUUGCCCUAACGGCGCUACGUCGCUAGCGUUCUAUCAUUCAACCAACAUAAUAAUCAACGGGCUGUCUUCCUUAAACAGCAAGAUGUUUCACAUUCUCAUAUACGGUUGCCUAAAUAUGAACGUCGUCAAUACAAGAAUAUCGGCACCCGGAAACAGCCCAAACACCGACGGGAUUCACAUAACAAAAUCAUCAUCCGUCACUAUAUCAAACUCUCGUAUAGGCACGGGAGAUGACUGUAUCUCCAUCGGCCCUGGGGCCUCUAACCUGUGGAUCGAAAACCUCUCGUGUGGGCCCGGGCAUGGCAUAAGCAUAGGGAGCCUAGGUUGGGAUUUGCAAGAAGAAGGCGUGCAAAACGUGACGGUUAAAACGGCGACGUUCACCGGAACUCAAAAUGGUGUGAGGGUGAAGACCUGGGCGAGGCCGAGCAAUGCCUACGUCAGAGACGUUCUUUUCCAGCAUGUAGUCAUUGUUAAUGCCCUAAAUCCCAUUAUCAUCGACCAAAAUUACUGCCCAACCCACAAAAAUUGUCCCCACCAGGGCUCGGGUGUGCAAAUUAGCGGCAUAACGUACCAAGACAUACACGGGACAUCGGCGUCGCAAGUCGCGGUGAAAUUCGACUGCAGCAAGAAAAAGCCGUGUAGUGGGAUCAAUUUAAACGAGGUUAGCCUAACGUACAACAAUCAACCGGCCAUAGCUUCGUGCGCCAAUGCCAGGGGAAUGGCAUCGGGAGUCGACAAGCCAGCCAGCUGCUUCUAG